CUUCCAAAGGUUGUGAAAUCGCAAAUUACCUGCAAAAAUGAUCAAACUGUUGAGUGUUGCUGUUAUUGCUGGAUUCCUUUCUGUGAAACCAGCUGAUGGUCAAUCCAAUUUAUGCAACGCACUACCACUGAAACCAUUCAUACCAGCUUUAUCACAUCCAGUGUGUUGGACCCCAUGGUUUGACCGAGAUGAUCCAUCUGGAACUGGAGACUGGGAGACACUUUCCAGUCUCCGAAAAGAAAAUCCUGGAAAGAUCUGCCCAAACCCAACUGAUAUUGAGGUCCAGACUGUGACUGGGCAGAGUCUGGCUGCAGCAGGCGAAGUGAUUUACAAAGCAGACACAACCUCUGGUUUCAUCUGCAGAAAUGAGGACCAAACAGACAAACAGUGUACGGACUACCGUGUUCGUUUCAGCUGCCCUCCCUCAUACUGUGGUUUCGGAGCGUGCUGGACCCAAUGGUUUGACCGGGACGAUCCCAGCGGAACUGGAGACUGGGAGACUCUGAGUUCGCUGAGGGCUGCAUACCCAAACAAAAUUUGCAAGACUCCUAUGUACAUCGAAGCUGUUGUCGUUGGAACAAACUUCCCGGCCAGCAUUACAGGGGAGGUCUUCCAUAUCUUCAAUCCAACUGAGGGAUUUGUUUGCCGCAAGACAGACCAGAAGGAUAAGAAGUGUCUUGACUACAAAGUUCGCUUCGGAUGCUGCUGCGAUUGAGUUCUGGCUCAACAACAACAGCACCAAGAAAUGAGAGAGGAAGACGUCUCAAUUCUUUUCACUUCACUUUAAAAUUACUUUUUCCAUCCUUUAUUUUAGAAGGAGUAAUAAGCAAUCAUUACCGUUAUUUUUGCUGGUAAUGAAAUCAUAAUAGAUGAUGAUAGUCAACCAUGUAUGAUUAA